AUGGAGACUCAUCAGGAUACUCUUGAAAGUACUAUUACUAUUCGCUCCGUCACUCAGGAAUGCCGCCUCAGGCUUCAAGAGUGCGUUAUUCGGCAUGCUGGAGGAGGCGGGAAAGGAGAGAGCAUCAACGCCCCAAAUCUUGCAAGGUCUCAUUGGGCUGAAAAUCGCCUGAGCGACUUCAAUCUAUGGGACGCAGGAGUUGGAGCAAGCGCGGCGGCACCGAAUUCUCUCGAUCUUCGCCUGCGGAAAGAUGCUUCGGCCAAGAAGGUCGUCAUCAGCUCAUUGAGUACGCUAGCGACAUGGGCAACAUUGUAUCGAGAUAUUGCAGAUGGGCUUGAGCCACAAGCCAGAGGCGCAGACGAAGAAGACGACCAGCCUAUUACUCUGGAAGAAGCAAGGUUCAGCGUCGAACAGUUGCUUGGAAUUCUUGUCAAUUUGGGCGUCGCAAUUCGGCAGUCUGGCGCAAUCUCGCGUCUGGGCAACGCUGACGGCACAUUUCAGAAGCACAAGCACAAGUACUCCUCGCUGAUGCAGCACCUGACAUUCAUCCUCCAGCUCUCCCAUCUUCCUCGUGCAAAAGUUCCCGUGGGCGAUGGCGGUGCUACAGCAGAAAUGAUUCAAGUGCCAAUCGCCUCAGAGGAGCAACAGGGCCCGCUGCGAUUCGAACAGCAAGUCCUCAUCGAUGCAAACGCCAAGCGUCGCCAUCGAUUUGAAUUUGCGAGGGAACGCCGGGAUGAAUUGAAGAUGGCUGUUGAUUCACAGGAUUCUGCACCAGCUUCAUCACCAGACUCGCGUUUGCGGGAGCGUCUGUCUGACUCGGUGCCGGCUCCAACUGGCGAGAUCCAAUAUCCUGCCAUGAUGGCCAAGGCACCUUCAACAGAGGCAGUUGAAAAGCCUCCACCUCGCGCACAACGCUCAACAGCCACUACGAAUCAAUUAUCCGAGUUGAUAGCUGACGUCCCGUUGGAUUCGCUUGUUGAAGAGCUUCCUGCGUCCGCACCCCCUACGGCCAUCGCUCUCAAAGCUGACUACCCAAGCCCCCCGAAACCGUCCUCCGAUGCCACCGGACCCGUUUGCCCAUAUUGCAAUUUAACCCUCCCGAGCGAGACUGCACGGGCGGGUCAGUGGAAGAAACAUGUUUCCGAAGAUCUGGAACCCUACACGUGCUACCUUCCGGACUGCCCACAGGACAACCGCUUCUUCAAUACCUUCAAGGCGUGGAAAACACACGUCUUCUCGGACCAUCAAGUUUGCCGGGGAUGGACGUGUUUCUUCUGCCAAGAACCUCGCAACUUUGCCCAAGAAAGCGCCUUCAUUGCGCACGUAAAGGCGUUUCAUCAAGAUGCUGUGUCUGAAGCGUACCUGGGUGACCUCUCUACGGCAUGCCAGAUGAUUGAUGAGCCCACUCUAGACAUGUGCCCCGUUUGCUCGAUGCAUGAGGCGGCCUGGACGAUGAAAAAGGCCGAAUGUACACAUUUCGAACCGGGAACUGACUCGUUCUUGGACCAUAUCGGAAAAUGCAUGCAUGAUUUUGCUUUACGGGCACUGCCGUCUACGGAGCUUGAUGGUUCAGUCGAAGAAUCCAGUGCGGCACCUACUGGCGCGGCACAUCUUGAUAGUCGCUCGUCCCUGUCUUCAGUCAGCCUAGGUACUUCGACUCUCGGAAAGGAUGACCGAGGCCUCAAGGAAUCCGAUCUGCUACAAGUUUCUAUGUAUUCAAGUGACGAAAACCUGCAGGCGUGGCUCAAAGGGCAAGAAGACAAAACCUAG